AUGUACACAAAUGAUAAGGUGAAAAGUUAUGCUGCAGAAAAAGCUUCCCUGUUAAAAGAGAUUAAGGCAUUGAAGACUGAAUUGGAAGAUCAUCAGUAUAGUGCACGUAAAGGUGAAUCCUCAUCCAGUAUACCACAAAUGAAUGGACCAGAAAUGCAGCUUUAUGAAAUUCAGCGCCAGUCCGACUAUGAAAGAGGUGAAGCCAGUAAACAAAUUCAUGAUUACAAAUUCAAGCUUCAAAAAGCAGAGCAAGAUAUAGCAACUUUAGAGGGAAUGGUGACUAGACUAGAGACUCAGGUCAAGAGAUAUAAAACAGAUGCUGAAAGAGCUGAAGGGGUGGAAGAUGAAUUAAAGCAAGAAAAAAGAAAAUUACAGAAAGAGUUACGAGAAGCUUUAACCCAAAUAGAGGAGCUUCAAAACCAAAACAAGCAUUUGACAGCUAGACUAGAGCGCAUCAAGCAGACCCGGACAGCUUUAGGCAUCCAAUGA